UAUCGAUUUGUAAUCGCAUCCCGUCUGCUGGCCACUGAGACAAGUCCAUGCUGCAAAGUGGCGUCCUGUUUCUACAGUUGCCUGGGUUUUGCGCGCAACGUGGCUGCUGCUCCCGUGGUCAACGAUUUAGAGCCGACGGCUGCGUUGCCCAAUUGCCUAACAUAUCGCCAGGUUGCAGGCGCCGGCAACGGUGCCGGCUCAGCGCCAGCGCGACGCGUCCCAGUGCUGUUUUCGACGAACUGUGGACUAUAUUUGCGUGUGGCACAGCCACAAACGAUGCUGCAACCAUCCGUUGCAGAAGCUGGACAGCGUUACGACAUUAGCUUUUGCGAUCUGGAGCGUUGGAGCACAAAUCGCGCCAAUGUGGUCAGUCUAGAGGAUACGUUUAGCAUCCUGCAGCCGCAACAGCAGCCACCGAACAGCCAGCAGCCACGCACCUUGAACAACUUUGCGUACUACAACAUACAGCGCUGAGCUGCUAUCUU